GCUGGCUGGCUCCUCCCUCGCCGGCCUCCGCCUCCCGCACAGCUGAGUCACGUAGCUCUGCGGCAGCAGAAGAAACCUCUUUCCCAGCCGGAGCGAGAGGCGGCCGCACAGUCAGCAGCGCCGGCACCGACGCCAGACCUCACCGACUAGGAAAGAGGGCAACACCAGCCAAGAUGACCCACCAGUACCCUGCGCUCACCCCCGAGCAGAAGAAGGAGCUCUCGGACAUAGCCCAGCGCAUUGUGGCUCCCGGCAAGGGCAUCCUGGCCGCUGACGAAUCUGUGGGCAGCAUGGCCAAACGCCUCAACCAGAUCGGGGUGGAGAACACCGAGGAGAACCGACGCCUGUACCGCCAGAUCCUCUUCAGCGCCGACAGCCGCGUCAAGAAGUGCAUCGGUGGGGUCAUCUUCUUCCAUGAGACCAUGUACCAGAAGGCGGACGACGGCACCCCCUUCGUUGAGCUGAUCAAGGACAAGGACAUUGUUGUGGGCAUUAAGGUGGACAAGGGCGUGGUGCCUCUUGCUGGGACGGAUGGGGAGACCACUACACAAGGCCUGGACGGGCUGUCAGAGCGCUGUGCCCAGUAUAAGAAGGACGGGGCCGACUUUGCCAAGUGGCGCUGCGUGCUGAAGAUCAGCGAGCACACCCCCUCUGCCCUGGCCAUCAUGGAGAACGCCAACGUCCUGGCACGCUACGCUAGCAUCUGCCAGCAGAAUGGCAUCGUGCCCAUUGUGGAACCGGAGAUCCUGCCUGACGGAGACCAUGACUUGAAGCGUUGCCAGUAUGUGACGGAGAAGGUCCUGGCCGCCGUCUACAAGGCGCUGAGUGACCAUCACAUCUACCUGGAGGGCACCCUGCUGAAGCCCAACAUGGUGACCCCUGGCCACGCUUGCCCUACCAAGUACAGCCCUGAGGAGAUCGCCAUGGCAACCGUGACUGCUCUUCGUCGCACUGUACCACCCUCUGUGCCAGGUGUCACCUUCCUGUCUGGCGGGCAGAGCGAGGAAGAGGCUUCCAUCAACCUCAACGCCAUCAACAACUGCCCGUUGGCCCGGCCUUGGGCCUUGACCUUCUCCUACGGCCGGGCCCUGCAGGCUUCUGCCCUCAACACCUGGCGUGGCCAGCGAGAAAAUGAGAACUCUGCCACAGAGGAGUUUAUCAACCGUGCUGAGGUCAACGGCUUAGCUGCUCUUGGCAAGUACGAAGGCAGCAGCGACGGUUUCGGUGCAGCCGGGCAGUCUCUCUACGUAGCCAACCACGCCUAUUGAGGCCCGCCUGGGCAGGCAUUUAGCCCCCACUGACAGGACCUCCCACUGCUACCUUCCAUACCAGCCACCAGUCACACCCAGCUUUUCUACCGUAGCCGCAAGAGGAGCUAAGUAGCCAUGGAGCGUCAAGCGCCGGAGGGGAUGCGUGUGAGCGACAUGGAGGAGGAGGAGAGGAGGAGACCCCUGCUGUGGGUCUCGUGGAAUCCUGCCACGGUGGGUAGGGUGGGGGUGAGAGAGCAACAGCAGCAAACUGGCCUACCUUACAGGGUUGUUGUAUGGAAUUGUUGCCAGGCGAGGCACUUGGAGUGUUCAGCGCACUAGGAAAUUUCUUAUUCUUAUUAAUCUAGGGUGCCUGCCGGGAAAAGGGGUCAAGGAGACUCCCGUGGAGAGAAGAAGGGGGUUGGGUUGAACCCAUAGCAUGCCUCUCCUGGAGUCUUGGAGAGGGACGUCCUGGGGCCGGCAGGAGGGAGAGCUGCCCCACUUUGCUGCCCAUUCUUGUCUGCCUGCCCCCCUUUUGCAUAUGUGGGGUCCUCUGAGCCCCCUGGUCUGCACGCUCUCUACCCCACCUUCCCCUACCACAAGGCUGUCGGUAGCUGAGACACGUGGGGCAGGGAGCCGGUUUAUCGCCAUGUGUGUGAGCGCGCGUGUGUGUCCCCCCUAUGUGGUCUGUGUGCACCCGAUGUACCAAAUAGCCCUAUAACUAAUCCACAAUAGAGGUGUGAAGUCA